UAACAAAAACAGUCCUUUGUCUCUCUGAUCGUCAAAACGCAAAACCCAAAACCCCAACCCUAAUAGCAAGCUCUCGUUCAUUUUCGCCUUUCGUAUCUCAUCAAUGGCCGACUCUGUCGUUUCGAUUCAGUACCUCAAAGAUUUCGUCAAUUCUCAAAUCUACGACGAUGAGAAAUGGGCCUUCAAUGUGAAAUUGCUGCGUGCUGCUGGAUUGUUUGCUGGAUCAAUAGUACUUAUGAGAAAUUACGGUGACCUUAUGGCAAUCUGAAAGUAGAACAAAAAGUUGAGUUGCUAUUAUCUACUCAAACAGGAGUUUGAUGUCUAGUUUUUUUUUUUUUUUUUUUAACAUGACAUGAGUUUUAUCGAUUUGAAGCUUUUGAUUGAGUUAUGUUUACUUUAAUAGUACAUUGACAUUUCCUUGGGCUAAGAUGUUUUGGAUAUGAAAUAACGUUUUCGAUA